UAUAUAUAUCAUUUCCAUUGGUUAUACUUCAAAUUCCUAACAUAAAUCCCCACAGGGACCUAAAAUGAGUUGCAUGAACUCUCAAACCAACCAUAAAAGCCUAUCAUCAUCUAUGAAACACAACAAGAAGAGGCUAACACAAGACCAAGUGAAACUCUUGGAGUCAUAUUUUGACUCCAACAAGAAGCUCGAGCCAGAGCGCAAGCUCGAGCUAGCACGGGACAUAGGCGUCACUCCCCGACAAAUCGCAAUAUGGUAUCAGAACCGACGAGCUCGGUGGAAGAACCAGAGCCUUGAACUACACAACAGUGCUCUUCAAGUUAAGCUGGAGAGUGCUUUAGCUGAGAUGAAAACGCUUGAAACAGAAAUGGCGAAGCUCCGAGAAGAGCUGAAGAGGCGGGCAGAAGAAAUGUUGUUGAUUGGCGGGUCAUCUCUAGCCCAUCUUCAGACUGGGGUAUCUUCAAUCUCUCCUAAUUAUAAUUCCAGUUGUUGUGAUGAAGGAAUGAGCUCCAGCUUCAAAGAUGAGGGAUUGUUACACUUUGAUGAACUGUAUGGCUCCUUGGUUGGAGUGGAAGAUGGGUCUAAUUCAAGCUCCAGUUGGGCAAACAGGAAAGACUUUUGGGUGUAGUAAAAAUAAUAGUAACAUGCAUAAAUGCAAAAGGUCUGUUUUUUCUUUUAAACAAAUGGUUAUAUUUGUUGUGGUAAUCACUUCUCUUCUUGUCAAGAAAAACACACCAUUUCUUACUAUAAUCUUGAAGGUUGGAUCGAAGAUCAACCAAACCUUUAUUAACGGUGGGAUGUAAUUAGGAGUGAUGUUGAGAAAGUAUGAGAUUCCAAUGUAUAUUUAGUUAUGAGUGUGGGUCUAAAAUUAAGUCCGCAGUGUCCUAAUUUAGAUCAAAAUAUCCAAAAAGAUGGGCAAAUAUAUGUGGAUGUGGGUGAACAAAUAUUACCACCAGUUCUUGUAAUUAUUUUGUCAUUUCAAUUAGUGUUAACUGUUAACACGAGGUUCC